CGCCGCCGUCGCCGCCAUCGUUGGCGGUUCUUGCCUUUCGCUUUUGCUCGGGAGAAUCCACCGACAUCCGCUACCAUGGUGAACUUCACGGUGGAUCAGAUCCGAGCCAUCAUGGACAAGAAGGCCAACAUCCGGAAUAUGUCUGUCAUUGCACACGUAGACCAUGGCAAGUCCACACUGACAGACUCGCUGGUGUGUAAGGCAGGCAUCAUUGCCUCUGCACGUGCUGGGGAGACGCGCUUCACAGACACCCGCAAGGACGAGCAGGAACGAUGCAUCACCAUCAAGUCCACCGCGAUCUCGCUGUUCUACGAGCUGUCAGAGAACGACCUGAACUUCAUCAAGCAGAGCAAGGAUGGGUCAGGCUUCCUCAUCAACCUCAUCGACUCCCCAGGCCAUGUGGACUUUUCCUCAGAGGUGACGGCUGCCCUGCGAGUCACAGAUGGCGCCCUGGUGGUGGUGGACUGCGUGUCUGGAGUGUGUGUACAGACAGAGACGGUGCUGCGACAGGCCAUUGCUGAGCGCAUCAAGCCUGUGCUGAUGAUGAACAAGAUGGACCGUGCACUGCUCGAGCUGCAGCUGGAGCCUGAGGAGCUCUACCAGACCUUCCAGCGCAUUGUGGAGAAUGUAAAUGUCAUCAUCUCCACCUACGGCGAGGGCGAGAGUGGACCCAUGGGCAACAUCAUGAUCGACCCUGUCCUGGGCACAGUGGGCUUUGGCUCUGGCCUGCAUGGCUGGGCCUUCACCUUGAAGCAGUUUGCAGAGAUGUAUGUGGCCAAGUUUGCUGCCAAGGGCGAGGGCCAGCUAGGGCCGGCUGAACGCGCCAAGAAAGUAGAGGAUAUGAUGAAGAGGCUGUGGGGGGACCGGUACUUCGACCCAGCAAAUGGCAAGUUCAGCAAGAACGCCAACAGCCCUGACGGAAAGAAGCUGCCCAGAACCUUCUGCCAGCUCAUCCUUGACCCUAUCUUCAAGGUUUUCGAUGCCAUCAUGAACUUCAAAAAGGAGGAGACUGCCAAGCUGAUUGAGAAGCUGGACAUCAAGCUGGACAGCGAGGACAAGGGCAAGGAGGGCAAGCCGCUGCUAAAGGCUGUGAUGCGUCGCUGGCUGCCGGCUGGGGAUGCGCUGCUGCAGAUGAUCACCAUCCACCUGCCCUCACCAGUCACAGCACAGAAAUACCGCUGCGAGCUGCUCUACGAGGGGCCGCCUGAUGACGAGGCUGCCAUGGGCAUCAAAAGCUGUGACCCCAAAGGACCCUUGAUGAUGUACAUCUCCAAGAUGGUGCCAACUUCUGACAAGGGGCGCUUCUAUGCCUUUGGCCGUGUGUUCUCCGGUGUGGUGUCCACUGGCUUGAAGGUCCGCAUCAUGGGCCCCAAUUACACUCCAGGGAAGAAGGAGGACCUGUACCUGAAGCCCAUCCAGAGAACCAUUCUGAUGAUGGGCCGCUACGUGGAGCCUAUUGAGGAUGUGCCCUGUGGCAACAUCGUGGGGCUUGUGGGUGUGGACCAGUUUCUGGUGAAGACAGGCACAAUCACCACCUUCGAGCAUGCCCACAACAUGCGUGUGAUGAAGUUCAGUGUCAGCCCUGUCGUCCGGGUGGCUGUGGAGGCAAAAAACCCAGCUGAUCUGCCAAAGCUGGUCGAGGGGCUCAAGCGGCUGGCCAAGUCGGACCCCAUGGUGCAGUGUAUCAUCGAGGAGUCUGGUGAGCACAUUAUUGCAGGUGCAGGUGAGCUGCAUCUGGAGAUAUGUCUCAAGGACCUAGAGGAGGACCACGCCUGCAUCCCCAUCAAGAAGUCGGACCCUGUGGUGUCAUACCGUGAGACAGUGAGUGAGGAGUCAAACGUGCUGUGCCUGUCCAAAUCUCCCAACAAACACAACAGGCUGUAUAUGAAGGCCAGGCCCUUCCCUGAUGGCCUUGCUGAGGACAUCGACAAGGGCGAGGUGUCCGCCCGCCAGGAGCUCAAGGCUCGGGCUCGCUACCUGGCUGAGAAGUAUGAGUGGGAUGUGGCUGAGGCCCGCAAGAUCUGGUGCUUUGGGCCCGAUGGCACUGGCCCCAACAUCCUCACUGACAUCACCAAGGGUGUGCAAUACCUCAAUGAAAUCAAGGACAGUGUGGUGGCCGGGUUCCAGUGGGCCACCAAGGAGGGUGCACUCUGUGAGGAGAACAUGCGUGGUGUGCGUUUCGAUGUCCAUGAUGUGACCCUGCAUGCUGAUGCCAUCCACCGUGGUGGUGGCCAGAUCAUCCCCACAGCCCGCCGCUGCCUCUAUGCCAGUGUGCUGACUGCGCAGCCCCGCCUCAUGGAGCCCAUCUACCUGGUGGAGAUCCAGUGUCCUGAGCAGGUGGUCGGUGGCAUCUAUGGUGUUCUAAACAGGAAGCGGGGCCAUGUGUUUGAGGAGUCUCAGGUGGCCGGCACCCCCAUGUUCGUGGUCAAGGCUUACCUGCCUGUCAACGAGUCCUUUGGUUUCACCGCUGACCUGCGCUCCAACACAGGUGGCCAGGCAUUCCCGCAAUGUGUGUUUGACCACUGGCAGAUCCUCCCUGGAGAUCCUUUUGACAACAGCAGCCGCCCCAGUCAGGUGGUGGCGGAAACACGCAAGCGCAAAGGCCUGAAGGAGGGCAUCCCUGCCCUGGACAACUUCCUGGACAAACUGUAGGCGGCCAACUCCUAGCCUGGCUCCACUCUUGACUGUGCCCACCAACUCUCACCUGAGACUGUCCCCACAAUGCCACCCACCCGAGGCUGCCGAGCCCCUCUGUGCCAUGAUCCAAUGCUACCUAACGGCAAUUCUAUUUAUUUCGGAGUUCCGAGGCAGUGGAUCACCCUUCACAGGGACUGGUGGGCUGUGGGGUGGGCACAGGUGUGACACAGUGCUCUUAUCAUUUUCAGAGGGAAACAUGUCCAAAAGUCUAAAUAAAUACAUUCAGAGGUUUGUGUGGAUCCACCUCCUAAUGGAGCUCCCCAGAAGGGAACAGCUGGGUGGAGCCCCAGCCCUCUGCUGAGUAAUAAACGUUUUGCUGCACUCUCCCA